UUAGGGUUCGACGAUAUACCGGUAUUGGCAAUAACCACAAUAUUUAAAAUAAAUAGGACUCUAAUGAUGACACGGCACGUAAAUGUACAGCGCCAGUACCUGGUUGACCUUCCAGGUGGCAGUAAUGCGCCUUGCUGCAUUUGACACCCGUCAAACAAGAAAAUGCGCAGCUACUGUCAUGUCGUCGGAGCAGGAGAGUGAGAGGCUCUGUCCACACCCGAAAAAAGUAAGCUCGCCAGUAUGGGAGUUUUUCGGUUUCAAAGAAAACAACUCCUUAGACAGCCCAAUCUGCAGAAAGUGUCACGCUACAGUCAGUGCGAAGGGGGGCAACACCACCAACCUUUUUACCCACCUCCGUGUCCAUCACCCUCUGGAUUACGCCAUUUUACAGAAAGGAGCUUUCAAGAAGAGAGAGCAAGCCAGAGCCUCAGGUCAGCUAACAAUUUUUGAGUCUGUGGAAAGGAAAAGGAAAGCAGACAUGACUAGUGCAUGUGAAGACACAGCUAUCACUAAGUCACUAGCCUACUUCAUAGCAAAGGACAUGAUGCCCAUAAAAACCCACUGCAGUGGUGGAAAGAGAAUGAGCAGGAGUUUCCAAGGUUGGCAAAAGUGGCACAAAAGAUCCUUUGCAUUCCCGCCACCAGUGUUGCAUCAGAAAGACUUUUCAGCUCUUCAGGAAACAUUCAGACAGUGUUUCGCUCCAGUUUGAAACCAGAUAAACUUAACAUGCUUGUCUUCCUUCACAAAAAUUUGCCAUAGAUUAAAAAUUCAAGAUGUGAAAAUGCAUUUCCCCUGUAUU